AUGACUGCUGAUGAAAUCUCAUCGCAAAGCGAAAGUAAGCAUCCCGCUGUCAAUGAUCCCGAAACCUGCGACCGCUCAUCAUCUCCAGUCGAUCAAGUGGACGGCCCGUCGAGCCAGGACGAGAAUCCAGACAUUGAGGUCUCUGAACCAUCGGACGAUUCUGAGAGCGGUUCUGAAGACGCCGACUUUGACGUGGAAUCUCCUCCCGCCACCAAUGGCAUACGCGAAUCCAGUGCGUCCUCGCAGGAUCGACCAAAGCCGACCAAACGGAAGAUGGGUGUUGAGGAUGAUGAAUACAUUAUGAACAAUCCAGAACUCUAUGGGCUGCGGAGAAGCGGACGUGCCCGAACAAACCGCCAAAUUGUAGAAAGCUCAGAGGACGAUGAUUCGGGUUCAGACGCAAUCACUGCUCGCAAGCGGCGAAAGGUGACAGCUUCUCGAAAAUCAUCAAAACCCGCUACUCCCAUGACUCAGUCCCCCUCCGAAUCUGAAUCUGACUCGGACACGUAUGGGGCCCGCCACGGCCGAAGCUCAAAUAAGAGAAAGGCGCGUCGUCAGCUCCAGCCAGCCUCUCUGGCUCCGCCCCCUGCCGAACUUCGCUUUUCCACCCGAAGAGCCGCAAAAGUCACCAGUUAUAACGAAGAUGACGAUGACGAUUUUCUGAGUGAGGAGGAUUCUGAGUAUAUGACACCAAAUUAUUGGGCGGCUGCGGUCGAUGAAGAUGCUCCUGCAAUUGAUGCUGUGCUCAAUCAUCGGUUCAAGGAGGAUACCGGCAAAGAUAAACCACACCCCACAAAAGAUGACUUUGAAUUUUUUAUUAAAUGGCAAGGAAAGGCGCACUAUCAUUCGACCUGGGAGACAAGCGCUUCGCUUUCUGGGUAUCGUGGCUUUCGACGUUUGGAAAAUUACUUCCGAAAGAUCGUCACCGAGGAGAUCUAUAUGCUUCAUGAGCCUGACAUUCCUCCGGAGGAGAAGGAGAAAUGGAAUCUCGAUCGCGAGCGCGACGCUGAUGCUAUCAAUGAUUAUAUGCAUGUCGAGCGUGUCAUCGGGACUAGAGAAGGAGAUGAGGAAACGGAAUACUAUGUCAAAUGGAAGGGCCUCUUCUACGAUUCGUGCACUUGGGAGACAGCCACCUUGGUGAGCGAAAUCGCACAGACUGAAAUCGAUCGCUUUCUCGAUCGCACCUCACAACUUCCCAUUUCAAAUCGCAGCGAGUCGAAUAGGGCCACCCGAAGCCGGUUUGAACGCAUCCGAGAACAGCCAUCGUACAUUAAAUUCGGCGAGCUUAGAGAUUUCCAGGUUACUGGGCUGAACUUUCUGGCCUACAAUUGGUGCAAGGGCAAUAAUGUCAUACUGGCUGACGAAAUGGGUCUGGGGAAAACCGUGCAGACCGUCUCAUUCUUGAACUGGCUUCGCCACGACCGUGGCCAACAGGGCCCUUUCAUUGUCGUGGUGCCUCUGUCUACGAUGCCCUCAUGGGCGGAAACGCUCGAUAAUUGGACUCCUGACAUCAAUUACGUCGUCUAUAACGGAAACGAGACUGCCAGAAACAUCAUCAAGGAGUACGAACUUUUGAUCGACGGCAAUGCAAAGCGGGCCAAGUUCAACGUUCUCCUUACAACGUACGAAUAUAUCCUCGCGGAUGCAGCCUUCCUUUCUCAAAUCAAGUGGCAAUUCAUGGCUGUUGAUGAAGCUCAUCGACUGAAAAAUCGGGAAUCUCAGCUCUACUAUAAGCUCCUUGAGUUUAAAGCGCCUAGCCGAUUGCUCAUCACUGGAACACCGAUGCAAAAUACUCUUGGAGAGCUUUCGGCCUUGAUGGACUUUCUCAUGCCCGGCCACGUGGCUAUUGAUGAGAACAUGGAUUUGCAGUCUGAGGCAGCCGGACAGAAGCUCGCCGAGUUAACAUCCGCUAUUCAACCAUUCAUGUUGCGCAGGACAAAACAAAAGGUCGAAAAUGACUUACCGCCAAAGAGCGAAAAGAUUAUCCGUGUGGAGCUUUCUGAUGUACAGUUGGAGUAUUACAAGAACAUAUUGACACGAAAUUACGCUGCGCUGAACCAAGGCGCCACGGGCCCUAAACAAUCGCUCCUAAAUAUUAUGAUGGAACUCAAGAAAGCGAGCAACCAUCCAUUUAUGUUUCCAAAUGCGGAAGAACGCAUUCUUGGUGGAAGUCUCCGUCGUGACGAUUUGCUCAAGGCGCUCAUAACAAGCAGCGGCAAGAUGAUGCUCCUUGACCAGCUCUUGACCAAAUUGAAGAAGGACAAUCAUCGGGUUCUCAUUUUCAGCCAGAUGGUUAAAAUGCUUGACCUCCUUGGAGAUUAUCUUCAUCUACGUGGCCAUCAAUUUCAACGUCUUGAUGGAACGAUUGCAGCCGGCGCACGUCGUAUGGCAAUUGAUCACUUUAACGCCCCUGGCAGCACAGAUUUUUGUUUCUUACUCUCCACCAGAGCAGGUGGGCUGGGGAUUAAUCUCAUGACUGCAGACACGGUAAUCCUAUUUGAUUCGGACUGGAAUCCGCAGGCGGACCUCCAAGCAAUGGCCCGUGCUCAUCGUAUUGGUCAGAAAAACCCUGUCAGCAUCUACCGACUGGUCUCAAAGGAAACUGUUGAAGAAGAAGUCCUCGAACGCGCCCGCAACAAGCUAAUGCUUGAAUUCAUCACGAUUCAACGCGGCGUCACCGAUAAGGAUUCGAAGGAGCUCAGUGACAAGAUGGCACGCGCCGGCCGCUCUGUCAAUGAACCUACCUCCUCUGAAGAUAUUUCGCGGAUAUUGAAACGCCGAAGUCAAAAGAUGUUUGAACAAUCUGGUAACCAGAAGAAGCUUGAGGAGCUUGACAUCGACUCUGUUCUUGAAAAUGCCGAAGAGCAUAAGACGGAGGGUCCCACAGGAAUUGAAGCCGAUGGCGGCGAAGAAUUCCUCAAGAGUUUCGAAUAUAUGGAUGUCAAGAUCGAUUUAGAGUGGGAUGACAUCAUUCCGAAGGAUCAAUUAGAGCAACUCAAAGCAGAAGAGAAGCGUAAAGCAGAUGAAAAAUAUCUUGCCGACGUAAUUGAGCAAAAUGCUCCGAGAAAGCGCAAGGCAGCGUCGGAUGAGCGCGAGCAGCGCGCUGCUAAGAAGCGAGCGAGGGACCUGGCGGCAGAGAGCGCUGCUCUGGACGAUGAGGAUGACAGCGCCGAGCUGGAUCCCAAGCGACCUUUGAAUUCGAAAGAGGUCCGAAAUCUUAUUCGAGCAUUCCUCCGUUAUGGCUCCCUAGAGAAUCGUGGGGAUGAAAUUGUCGAGGAUGCUAAACUUGUCAACCGAGACAGAGAGGUCUUGAAGUCUACACUCGACGAGAUCUUGAAUACUAGUCGGCAGCUCGUUCAAGAAGAGCAAACACGCGUUGAGGCCAUGGAACGUGAAGCGAACAAAUCCAUCACAAAGAAAGACAGAAAAGCUGUCCUUUUUGAUUAUCAGGGCGUCAAGCGGAUUAAUGCAGAGACAAUGCUCGAGAGACCAGCGGAGAUGCGUAUGCUCAAGGAAAUUACUGAAUCCGCCCCUGAUCAAAAGAACUUUCGUGUUCCAGAAGCUUCCAAAGCUGCGCAUUAUUCUUGCCCCUGGGGCGCUAGAGAAGACGGCAUGCUUUGCGUUGGCAUUGUGAAACAUGGAUUCGGCGCCUGGGCGCAGAUCCGUGAUGAUGCAGAAUUAGGCUUGAGCGACAAAUUAUUCUUGGAAGAGCAUAGAGUUGACAAGAAAGAAGAGCGGAUGAAGGGAGAGGAGAAAAAUGCUAAGUCACCAGGAGCUGUCCACCUCAUCCGCCGUGCCGACUAUCUAUUAAGUGUCCUUAAAGAAAAGACCAGCAACGGAUCGAACUCUGCAGCCAGACGAGCGGUCGAAAAUCAUCAUAAGAACAACCGGAAAAAUGGUGUUGGUCGCCGUUUGGAAAAAUCCACCAGCGUAUCAGCGAGUCCGGCUCCCUCGUUGCGUAGAGGACAGCGCGAGGCUGAGAAAUCCAGAAAUCGUGGACACAGUCAUAGUGAACAUCGCCACAAUGCCGAACGACGAGUUUCGCAUGAUAAAAACGGCCUUCCAAAUAAACCUGACAGUCGGCGGAAACAUGGCGGAGGGGACGAGGAAAGUAAGCAUCGGCGCCGCAAGUCGGAAGACCGCCAACACCAUCAUCGCCGCAGCAUUGACAAUGAACCGAAUGAUCACACCCAGGUCCUCCGUGGUCUCUUCAAGCCCGUCAGAGAGAGCCUGAAACAUGUUCAGAGCGCGACCAAAGACGGUGUCAAAAAUAAGACCGAGCGUGCCAAGAUCCUCAAAAUAGAGCUCACGAAAAUUGGACAUUUCAUUAAAGAUCUGCUUCGCGCCGAACCUGAGCGGUCGGGUGGUUCUCUAGAGGAGCGGUUCUGGGAAUAUGUAGCCCACUACUGGCCGAACCCGGGAACUCCUGGCAGUAACCUGAAGAGCAUGUACGAAAGGAUAGAGGCUGCGGACUUAGAAACGAAGAAGGCCCCGAAGCAGGAGGCGCCGCCCGCCUAG